AUGAAGUCAGCGGACGAGUUGAAUGGCCGUUUUCUGGUGGUUAAUGGAAUCAAGUAUCUCAUGUUUAUUCUUGAUUCCUUCGUCUUCCGCUACCAGAAGAUGUUGAAAGAGCCUGAGAUGUUCUGCAGAUUCUCCCUCCAAUACCAUUGCAAUACUCCUCGCUGCAAGGCAAGUAUAGUUGUUCAUCAGUACGAGAGUGACGAACCGGGGCCCAGACACAAGUUCUACGUGGACGAAGGCCAGGUGAGUCCUGUGUGGUUAAAUUAUGUAACAAUUGAGAUACAUAUCUUUGUAUUACACGUAAUGUGGGAUUCUAGUUUAGUUGAAUCUAUCGCACAACCACAAGCCCAGGAAGAAUUAUGCCAAGGACAAGGUCGUCGAGGCAAUGUGGAGUCACGGAGUCGAAUUGAGUUUCAACGAGGUAAGCGGAUAUAGUCAGGAACAUCGUAUUGGUUUAAAAAUUGCAGGAGUUUACGUCCACUAUUUUUUAUUUGAUGAGUAUUUUCAGUUGACCGCAAGGCAGGUGUUCAGAACCAUCGGAUUUCCAGUAGGUAUUCCCGAGGAGCUAAAUGAACGUUCCGCUGUCAGCAUCAGGCAAAAUCCCGGUGGUUUCCGUUACUCUUCUUAUCGCGACCUGGACCUGGGAAAUCUUUCCUUGGAGAUUGCAAGAGACGAUUCUGGAGAUCUUCCUCCUCCCAAUGUCCCCAUCGAACCCACUGCUCUGAUUGUUCGGAACGCAAGCCGAAGAUCUUCUAGAAGCAACUCCAGAAGAAGAUCGUCGACAGGAAAUUCUGGCCGUUCCAGGUCCUCUAGGGAAAGUUCCAGAUCCAGUGGGAUCAUCGACAACUCCAGAAGACCCGAGAACGGGGAGUUGUCUGGAUAUCUUGGCGAAUCCGAAGGAAGCGAAACCGAUUAUGACUACAGAGAUCUCCACGGCCUCGAAUACACCUUCUCGUCCAUGGGAACCGAGUCCGGAUAUGAGACUUCUUUUUCCGACACUGAGGAUCUUCUUGAAGAUCGCAGCUUCGAGUAUUUCUUUAACAUGCUCGAUCAGGAGGAUACGAUCGAUGAGGAGGAGGAAGAGGAGGAAAGUGGCGAAUUCACACUCAGCUCCGAUGACACCGAAUCUGGAUAUGGCUCCAGUGAGAGUAUUAUGGAUCUCUUUCAAUGA